AUGACUCCUGCCCUCUCAGUCCUGCUGUGCCUCGGGCUGUGUCUGGACCAGAGGAUGAGGACACAGGUGGCAGCAGACAGACUCCCCAAACCCUCCCUUUGGUUAGAGAAUGACAGCGCUUUGGUGACUGCAGGGAGAAAUGUGACCCUCAGUUGCCGGGGAUCACAGCUGGCUCAACUGUACCAUCUAGAGAAAAGGCAAUAUGCUAAAUGGUCUGUGUUCAUGGAUGUGAGAGCGACUGGGGGUAAGGCCAAGUUUUCCAUCCCAUCCGUGACAGCAAGUCAUGCAGGGACCUAUAACUGCUUCUACAGACACUCUUCCCACUGGUCAGAAUACAGUGACCCCAUGGAGCUGGUGGUGACAGACCUCUAUGACCAGCCCUCCCUGUCAGCCUUGCCCAGCCCAGAGGUGGCCUCAGGACAGAACGUGACCCUGCAGUGUUCGUCAGAGCAAUCCUAUGACUGGUGUGCCCUGUUCAAGGAUGGAGAAUGGAUCACCUACAGCAGGACCCGGCACCAAGAAAGGGGGCAUCAGGCUGACUUCCCCAUCCCUGCUGUGAAUUCUAACCACAAUGGAACUUACCGCUGCUACAGCAUUCUCAGUGAUGCCCCCUCUGUGUGGUCCUCCCCCAGCAUCCCCCUGGUGCUCAGGGUCACAGAUGCCGCUGCCCAGGAUUACACUGUGGGCAAUCUGGUCCGCCUGAUCUUGGCUGGGCUGGUCCUCGUCCUCCUGGGGGUCCUGCUGGCUGAGCACUGGAAGAGCUCCAGGGGGCACAAGCAGCAGCUCAGAGAACCAGCCUUGGGGACCACAAUGGCCCCCACACUGUCUGCCCUGCUGUGUUCCAUCGACGCAUUGCCCAGACCCUCCCUCACGGUGGAGCCGGGCUUGGUGAACCCCGAGGGGCAGACUGUGUCCUUCCGGUGCCAGGGGCCUCCCGAGGCGGAGCUGUACCGUCUGAAGAAGGAAGGGACGGGGCAGUUUAUGGAUCGGUCUGCAGCCGAGGAGGGGGGCCUUUUCGUCCUGGAAACCACCUCAAACCAUGCCGGGAAUUACUCUUGUCUCUAUAAAAGCCAGACCGCCUGGUCAGAGGCCAGCCACGCCCUGCAGCUCGUGGUGACAGGUCUCUAUGACCCUCCGUCCCUGACAGCCCUGCCCGGCCCCAGCGUGACGGCGGGACAGAGCGUGACCCUCCGCUGCCGGGCAGAGUCGUGGUACAGCAGCGCAGCUCUGGCCAAGGACGGAGAAUCGGUGGGCUCCGGCUCUGCCCGGCCCUCUGGCCCGGGCUCUCAGACCGACUUCCUCCUCCCUGCGGUGACGGCCGCCCAAGGAGGCACGUACCGCUGCUACAGCUUUCACAGUACCGGCCGCGCCGAGUGGUCAUCCCCCAGCAACCCCCUGGUGCUCAGGGUCACCGCUUCCCCAGGAUUCUCCAGCCUCCAAAUAGGUAUCCUGGUGGGCAUCUCAGCCUUCCUGGUCCUGACCUUCCUCUCCCUCUCCCUCCUCUGCCUCGGUUGGUGUCGGUCCAGACUGGGGAAAGGCGGCAGAGAGACCGAAGUCAAGACCACCAGGAGAUCU